CGCGCUUUCUGAUGAUGCUAAUGAUCAGAAAGUCAAUUUUUGCCAAUAAGUGCGUGGGACAUGCGUUGUGAAAGUCACUAGGUGGUCGUCAAAUAAUAAUGCUUUGGUGAGCUACUCUCGAUCGUUCCGUGUAUGGACAGGCAGUUGACGGAAGGUCAGCAAACGACGAUGGAGUCUACGUUUCCACAACCCGGAUCCCCACUCUACUCUCCAUACUUGAACUUCGAUCCUUCAUACUUAAACGCGGCUGGCCCUGAGUACAUUUUCCCGGAGGGUGCUGGGGCUAAACGGGGGCGGUUCGAAUUGGCUUUUUCGCAGAUUGGGACAUGUUUACUUUUAGGAAGUUCGAUGGGCUGCUCUCGCGGUCUUAUUCAAGGACUCCGUGAAACAAGUUCUUUAUCGGGCGCCGUGCGCCGCAGUCAACUUAUAAACUACACUAUCAAAGGCGGUUCAGGCAUUGCUCAUCGUAUCGGAACAAUAGCCGUCAUGUACUCAGCUUUCGGAGUUCUACUAAGUAAAGUUAGAGAUACCGACGAUGAGAUCAACACUAUUGUCUCCGGCGGUCUAACUGGACUCUUAUAUAAGUCAACUGUAGGUCUUAAACGCUGCGGAAUAGGUGGUGCUGUCGGUCUUGGAAUUGCUUCGAUUUACGCUGCAGCGACGAGUGAAGCUGUCCGCAAAAUGUUCUAACAAGAAUCUGUAAAAAGACUAAUCUUUGUGACGAAUUUCAGCUCUUUUGGCUAGGGUCCGAUAUGUUAACCUCGUGGUGAAUGAUAUCGGUCUAGUGUUAUUAUCACUAUCGGCUUGUACCUUGAUAGUGCAACUGAACUGAAAUUGAAAGACGGACGCAAUAUAUAUAUCAUAUAUAUAUAUAUAUAUAUAUAUAUAUAUAUAUAUAUAUAUAUAUAUAUAUGAUAUACAGGCACACAAAUGGAGAUACACACUCAAGCAUGAAUAUUAGUAUCUACAGAAGACCCACAUGAAACUGCAAACGCAAAGAAGGACGAAGAGCUGUCAUUAUGGAUGCGUGCACAUGGAGGAAAGACUGGAGAUGUAUCUAUACCUACUGUAAUAUAGAAGUAAGACGGCAUGAUGUGGUCUUAAUGUUUAGAAAAACAUUUAGGGUAGUAAGUAUUAGAUUGGUCCCUGUUAGUUGAAUGGGAAGAAGUCAAGGGAAUUCAUUCUUAAUAAAUUUUAUUAAAUACGAAA